CGCGUCACGUAAUAUAUGAACAGUUGAUUGGCAGUCACUGUCAAUACUGUACGACACAAACACCGCAAUUGUCGCCACGAUUACCACCACAAGAGUCGGACACCUGUUUGGGUGACAAUCAUCGCGUUAAUGGCCAACCAUUUGAAACGCUUAAGACUUCUGGUAUUCGAGGGCCGACUCUAUUGGAUGGCUUUGGACGACACGUGCGAUGACUGUCGCGAGACAUCGACCGCGAAGUCCGUGGCGGACGUGAAGCGAGUGAUGCGCGAAGAGUUGCGAAUCAGUUCCCGAGUCCACGACUUCGACAUCUAUUUGGAGGACAUUCUGGUGGGCGAGAGACAGACGGCGCGACUCAUACGCGACAAAGACUUCUUGGAGUUACGGUUUCCACCACUGGCCGGACAUACGGCACCCAAACAGUGGACUCAGAGGUCGACAUACAUGGCGUCCAAAGACAAGACGAUGGCUAUGAAAGUCGUGAAGUCAUCGGCGGCUAAGAUAUCGCCGGCGAAGGUGUCGAGCGUUAAGGCGUUGACUGCGAGGCGAUCGCCUCAGAAGACAUCGAAGUCAUCGCCAGUAAAACCAUUGAAAGCCAAGAGAUCGUUGACUAAGAAGGGAACGGCUGUCGAGGCGUCGAAGUCCAAGGUAUCAACAGAUGACACGACGACAGCCAUCGCUGAUGACAGUGAAGCGGUUGAGAGACAACUGUUAGAGAAAGAGUUUGCGGCCGACGAGCAGAUCCUCAACGAGUCGAUCGUGACGUUGACCAACGCGUUGGAGACGAUGUCCGACGAUAUAUCACCCAAAGAACAGAGACAUCUCUUAGAGCAGCAAAUAGAGGACAAUCGUGUGCUAAACGAGUCAAUCCAGUCGCUGAACAAAGCCUUCACCACAAUCGCCAGGACGUCGACAUCCGAAGCGAACAAGUCGUUCGCCAACAGGAGGUUACAAGAACUCAAGGAUAAGAUCCAUAAAAUCAAUGAAUGUUUGGAUAAGUCGUUGGCGUAUAAGUUGAUGAUUACGGGCACCACCACUACAACCACUACCACUACCCGUCCUAUUGAACAGACAUCGAGUGCUAAACAGCCGGACGGGGAGGCGUCGACCGAUACCAACGAGACUACCGGCGCCGCAGCAGAAGUGGAGACACCGAAACCCCCGAAAAUGAUACGCCUCUACCAGCCAUCCCCUCGACUCCGGGGUCAGUGGGUGUGCUGUCUGUGCGACGAGCUGUUGCCCCACUGGAAGGCCAUACAGAGUCACCACAAGCCGUACCGGUGCGAGGGUUAUGAGUGUGCGAUGGCGGCCAUGGAGGUGCCCGACAACGCCAUAUUAGUGGCCGAGCGGCUCGAUUGGUGGGAACCGUAAGCACCGAGUGGUCACGGGGACAGGCGUUUACAACUCGUACAUUGAUUUGGUUUAUUAAGUGCAUUGGUUUUGGGUAUAAGUUUUGGAGUUAAUAAUUGGUUUUCAUUCAGUUUUGUUGUGAUUAUUAAGUUUCAAUACAUGUUUGUAAUUAGUUUUUGUCUUUUUUAUGCAAC